AAAUCUAUAUUCAUAGUAGUUGUGUGGAGACAAAUAGACGAACAGGAAGAUGCUGGGAUCAACGCUCUUGAACUGCUCCCUUAUCUCAGUGCUGCUGCUCGGUUUUGCUGCACAAACAUCACUAGCGCACAUAUUCAGUAAAAAAAAAGUAAUAAUAAAAUAUCUGCGGUAUGGCAAUUGCGGUGGCACAUUUGACCCAGUCCGCUUCACAGACGUGCAGGUUUCAACAACUGGCGAUGGUGACCUAGUCGUUUCAGGAAAGCUGGACGCCUACGCAAAGAUCGAGCCGCCAAUCAAGGCCAUAGUGAAAAUGAAGCGGCGAAUCCUGGGAAUUUGGACGCCCGUGCCUUUCUGCUACAAUGAUUUCGGCUCAUGCGAUUUCGACGACAUCUGCACCUACGGACGCGACUACACCAACUGUCCGGCGCUGUUGGACGAGCACGACGUGCCGUGCGAGUGUCCAAUCGAAAAGGGUCGGUACAUUCUUCCUGGCGCGCAGUUUUCCACAAAAGGAACUCGAUGGGCGGGUUUGAUAGCGGGACAUUACAAGGGAAGCAUCCGACUGAUGCACAAUGAAGAUCAAAUUGCCUGCUACAACGCCACUUGGACCCUCGACGACUGAUCUGCAUUUAUUAUAUAAUAAUUUAGUCCAGAUGUAAAUAUAUUUAAUAGAAUUUUCGUCGCUCUCACUCAGUGUCGGUCGGUGUGUUCCCUUAUAUAAGACCAAAAAUUUUGCUUGUAGUAAAUAAAGAUAAGAUAAUAUAGCCUAAAAA